GUAAUCUGCUGGAAAAUAAUUUUUGUUUACAAAAUAUCAAAAAAAUACACAAGAAAUGGCAACGACGGGUAGUGGAAAAAGUUGCUGCAGUGGUAGCGGUGGUGUGCUGGAAGAGCGUCGCAUAUGGGUUGGCAAUUUAGAUCCACGACUCACCGAGUAUCAACUCUUGAAAAUUUUGCAAAAAUGCGGUCCUGUCGAAAAGUUUGAUAUGCUCUUCCACAAGAGCGGCCCAAUGGUUGGGCAAUCGCGCGGCUAUGCCUUUGUUACUUUCGGAACGGCUGACGCGGCGUUAAUAGCUUUGGAGAAAUUAAAUGGCACACCUGUAGCGAAUCGACCAAUUGUGAUACGACUGGCGAAAAAUGUUAAUUACGAUGAACUCAACAAACAAAAACCUCGCCUUGAAAUACCAGCAUUGGGGGCUAGUUCCCGCGAUGAUAAAAUGAGCAAAGAGGAAGCGAUACGCGUAAUAGAAGCCAAAUUGCGGUCACUUGAACGUAAUGGUGAGGAAGAGUUAGAGUUGAAUAUUUUGAACUCAGCUAGCUCACAAGUGCCAUUCAUACAACGUUAUCAAUUCAACAAAGACCGCGAUGCAAGCAGCAGUACCUCAAGUGGGCGCACAUACACCAAGUCAUAUAAUUCUACGCCCUAUAAUCGACACCAGCGACCAAAACGAAGAUAGAAAAUUUAUUAACUUUAAGUUGUAUUAAGUGUUUUAUAUGUAUUUAUUAAUGAAUCUGGACUACCAUCAACUUCAUCAAAUAUUUAUAAUUAUACUCAUAUGCGCGCUAUGUGCACGUAUACUUAUCAAAUGUUGUGUUCAGAGAUUUAAGCCAAAUAAAGUGAUUUAUGC